AUGUCCAAUGGCCCCAUGAUGCGUGUCCGCGAACCGGCACAAACUGGUGAAGACAAAGUGGAACAAUCUUGGCUACUCCGUGGACGAGGUUUCCAUAACGACAGACUGGGAAUCGACCGGGCUCUAUCGCAUCAGCAGGGGAUUGGAAACGAGAAUCAUUUUUAUUCUCACCUGGCCAAUCGGACGAAAUCGGGAGGGGCAGCGCAGGUGCCACGACUUCGCAUUCCUGGCAAGCAAAAGCGAGCGACUGAGUCCGGGGUGGAUGCAGUCCUCGAUAUGGAGGCCUCCUGGGUCGUCCUUAUCCUCCUGCUUUCCUGGAUUCCAGGAGAGAGGGGGCAAAGGAUUGUCCCUUCGGCGAGUUUUGGGAAAACAUGGCUGAACAUCCGAUUCAAGGAAACCAUCUUGGCGACGAUCCCAACCAACGAUCUGAGGAAGUGCUCCCUGGCAUGCCAAGCACGGAGGAUCGACGGAUGCAAAGGAUUCAUGCUCUCCACUCAAUGUGAACUCCUCGGAGAGCCUCUGCGGGGUUUCACCAAGGAUGUCAUGGGGGUGACCGUCUAUUGGUUGCCUGGACAUGGUGUCGGAACGUACCCCAACUGCCGCGUGACAAGCAGAGGACGGGAGUACAUCGGAAGCAUGGCGGUUUCCGAGACAGGAAAGGCCUGCCUCCCCUGGAAGAACCAAGGGACCAUCCUGACCAACGAAAUGGGCUCCAGAUACACCAACUCCUUCCCGUACUACAACCUCGCGAUGAACAACAACUACUGCCGGAACCCCAACAAGACAGGUCGGGAUCGACCAUGGUGCGUCGUCAAGGACGCGACGGGGACAUCCAUCAUCGAAUAUUGCAACAUCCCUUACUGUAGCGACAUGACCAUCCCGGAAUGUCGAUUCACCACCCAGGGUUCUGAAUACAUCGGGACGCGUUCCAUCACGGACAACGGAGCCCAAUGCAGUGCUUGGAAUUACGAUCCUCCUGAGUUUCACGACGAUUUUGGCGGAAAGCACAACUACUGCCGGAAUCCCGAUCGCGAUUCGGGACCCUUACCUUUAUGGAUCCUGAUAUUCCCUAAAACCACCGUUGCCCCCAAUACCUCUGGUGAUUCCUACCGAAUUGUGCCCGUUUGA